GCACCCCCGCGGCCCCCAGCCCCCCAGCCAUGUCGGCCGAGGAGAUGGUGCAGAUCCGUCUGGAGGACCGCUGCUACCCGGUGAGCAAGAGGAAGCUUAUCGAGCAGAGCGACUACUUCCGCGCCCUCUACCGCUCCGGCAUGCGCGAGGCCCUGAGCCAGGAGGCCGGCGGCCCCGAGGUGCAGCAGCUGCGCGGCCUCAGCGCCCCGGGCCUGCGCCUAGUGCUGGACUUCAUCAACGCCGGCGGGGCCCGCGAAGGCUGGCUCCUGGGCCCGCGGGCGGACAAGGGCGGUGGGGUGGAGGAGGAAGAGGAGAUGGACGAGGUGAGCCUGCUGGCCGAGCUGGUGGAAGCGGCCUCCUUCCUUCAGGUCACGUCUCUGCUGCAGCUGCUGCUGUCCCAGGUGCGGCUCACCAACUGCCUGGAGCUGUACCGCCUGGCGCAGGUGUACGGGUUGCCCGACCUGCAGGAGGCCUGCCUGCGCUUCAUGGUCGUCCACUUCCACGAGGUGCUGUGCAAGCCCCAGUUCCACCUCCUGGGGGCUCCUCCUCAGGCCCCCGGGGAUGUCAGCCUGAAGCAGAGGCUGAGAGAGGCCCGGAUGACCGGGACUCCUGUCCUCGUAGCCCUGGGGGAUUUCUUGGGGGGACCCCUGGCCCCUCACCCCUACCAAGGGGAGCCCCCGUCCAUGCUCAGGUAUGAGGAGAUGACUGAGCGUUGGUUCCCGCUGGCCAACAACCUUCCGCCCGACCUGGUGAACGUCAGGGGUUAUGGGUCCGCCAUCCUGGACAACUACCUCUUCAUAGUGGGCGGGUAUAGGAUCACUAGCCAGGAGAUCUCGGCUGCGCACUCCUACAACCCCAGCACCAACGAGUGGCUCCAGGUGGCCUCCAUGAACCAGAAGAGAUUUGCACACACAGAGAGAGCAUCGUGGUCAGAUUCUAAGGACCAUUGGCAGCAGGAAAAGUCUAACUUCAAACUUGUGGCCGUUAAUUCAAAACUCUAUGCCAUUGGUGGGCAGGCUGUUUCUAAUGUUGAGUGUUACAAUCCUGAGCAGGAUGCCUGGAAUUUUGUGGCACCCUUACCAAAUCCUCUGGCCGAGUUCUCUGCGUGUGAGUGUAAGGGAAAAAUUUAUGUCAUUGGAGGAUAUACUACUAGAGACCGCAACAUGAACAUUUUGCAGUACUGCCCCUCGGCCGACAUCUGGACCCUCUUUGAAACCUGUGAUGUCCACAUUCGCAAGCAGCAGAUGGUGUCUGUUGAGGAGACCAUCUACAUCGUGGGCGGCUGUCUGCACGAACUGGGGCCCAACCGGAGGAGCAGCCAGAGCGAGGACAUGCUCACCGUGCAGUCCUAUAACACGGUCACGCGGCAGUGGCUCUACCUCAAGGAGAACACGUCCAAAUCGGGUCUGAACUUGACGUGCGCACUUCACAACGACGGCAUCUACAUCAUGAGCAGAGACGUGACCCUGUCCACCAGCCUGGAGCAUCGAGUUUUCCUCAAGUACAACAUCUUUUCAGAUAGUUGGGAAGCUUUCAGGCGCUUCCCGGCCUUUGGACACAACUUGCUGGUUUCCUCUCUUUACCUGCCCAAUAAAGCAGAAACAUGACUGAACUGACUUAGGAUUUAAAGGAAACCUGGUUCAAGACAGAAAAAGAAAAAAAAAAUGUAGUGUCCCAUUUCCAGGGAGGCCGAUUUCUAAAGGGAAAACGUGGGUUGAAUAGGGCGCAUGUACAAUAGCUGUAAAUAAGCUUACUCGAACUAAUUACUUGAAAACUUGUGGAGAAAAGAGACCAACUUUAUUAUUUUUUUAAUUAUUGAUUUUUAAAUGGUGGGAGCAAAUCCAUGAUCAUAUUUUCAUCCAAAUAUGGUACCCUUGGGCCAGUGACUGAAACUGAUCAUCAGAAAGAAGAUUCGUUGUGCCUGCUUUAGUAAAGGGCCAGAGUCAAUAAUUGACGUGAAUGGUAAAGAUCAUUUUAAAAUCCGUUUUAUUUAGGUCACUUGAAAUAUCAUUAAUACCUUAAGUGAGAGAUUUUUUUUGUUGUUAUUCAUUUACUUGACAGACAUUUAUAGCGACACUGUCAUUCACCCUUUUCUCCCCCAUUCAUACACACAUAUACUUCCAGUGGUUUAAAAAGAAGGUUCUAUAUUUUAUUUGCACACUACUUUCCAGGAAACUUACAAUGAUGGAGCCCUACAGUGAGUCCUUGCAAGCAUCCAGUCCUCCAAAAACCUUUCUUAAAAAUGUUCUCAGCUAUUUUUCCAAACUUUUUUGCAAUUAUGUGGACUGACUAGAUAGACAGAUGUAACCUCAUUUUAUUUAGGUGGCAGAUUGCAAAUAUAUGUGGUCAGAUAAGUUGCAUGGCUAGGCAUUCUGUAUUGUUUAAAAGAGAGGAUAUAUUGUUUAGAAGGAUGGAUAUAUAUAUAUUUUUCUGAAAUCAAGUCUUAAAUGGAAGGGGAAGACCAAAUAAGAAAAAAACAAAAAACAAAAAACUGCCUUUAAGAAUUACUUUUAGUGAAUGUAUUUGACUUAGUUCUGUUUUUAAGGUAAAAAAAAGAUAACUUUAUCAUGUUUAGAUCAGGCAUCUUUCUAGUUUAAUUGUAGCCUUUUAAUUCAUGCUUUGCUUUUAUGAGGUAGGGUGAGGAUAGCUGUGGAGCUUUGGUGCUGGAGAGGGAAGAAGCUCUUGUGGAAGAGGAAUGGCCUGUGGUGGUAUCUCUGAAAUUUGGUAAGGUGCUCUGCUUGCCUUGGUCGUUGAAUCAGAUGGAACCCAGCUCCAGCAGUGGUCAGUAGUCUGUUAGCAAGAAUAGAAGGCUUUUGCCGAUCAUAGGUCCAUCCGUUUAAAAACGUAUACUUACAGAAAUGUUUUUCUUUCUGAACUUCUCUGAUCUUUUGUAAUGGAAUCAGUGAAGCUGGGAGCUGGAGUCCAUCCUUCUGCUCUAACAUUCCAGUUACAGUGUGCCUCACUUUAAGAACGUCCCGCAGAAAAACCAAAAACGACCGUGGCAAGUCCGUGUGUCCCACAGACAUUACCCAGUGCCUCCGGCAGGCAUUCGCCUCACAGACGUGGUGCAGAGGGUUGAACGCUUCGGCAGAGUUCCCCAGGUUCUCACAAGAGUCACUACAGGGUUUCUUGAUGACCAUGGCCUGCGAGUAGAGUAAAAAUCAGGGUGUGGUUGUAAAAAUUCUAUUUGCACAACUUUUCAGGAAUACUUCUGUUAAUUAAAUUGAGGCAAGCCUUUAUUGUGGACCUGGAGACAGCCCUUGGUCCUUGUCACCAAAUAAUCAUAUCAGUACUCUAGCUACACUACUUAAGGGUUUCUAAGCCAUACCCAUUUAUUCUCAAAUACUUAGCCUUUUUUUUUUCUUAAACUCUGAACUGAAAUCUUCUUGGGGAUGGUACUUUAAUAAUAGAUUUAUAUUAAUUUAUAUUCAUUAUGGAAUUGAAUUUCCAGUGACCUAUAAUUUCAUUGCGUAUAUUUAAAAUCUAAUUUAUUUUAAAUAGUGUUAACUUUUGUUGCUACAGAUCUUAACUUUUUUAAAGCUUAACUUUGUAUAUUCAGAAGAUUCUAGCCAGUUGAAUUAGUUCUGGACAAUUAGACCUUAGCCUGUAAAUAAGCACAUCAUAUAAAAUGUAAUAUUAUCGCUGCCAACCAGUUCUCUUCCUGAUUACAUUCUUUGGUUCUGUUUUCCUCAUGCCAACAAUUAGAUCCGUGGACCAAGUGAAGGCUUACUCUGAUCCACAAAGCUUUUUUUAUAAACCAGGUUUGAUGUGUGUGUAUUUGUCCAUAUUUGUGUGUGUGCAUGCACGUGUGUCCUGGUAUAUUAUAGCUCUAAGAUACACAGACUUCUAACAAAGUUUUUGCUUCUCUGGUCUGCUAGCAGUACUUGGGCAAGGCAGAAUGUGCCAUAGGAACAGAUCUGUGGAUUUGGUCAUCAUCCUUCCUGCUGUGCACAUCAACUAUGUUGGCAUUUUGAGGAUAAUUUUAAUUUAGCUCUGUUCUCACGUUGGUGCCAAUGUUGUAGUGAAGACUCUACCUAUGAUGAGGGAAUGUUGUUUUGAAAAUCCCUGUCAUCCCCCAGGACUUAGCUUUUUUUUUUUUUAAUUGUUUAUUUUAAUUCCAGUAUAGUUAACAUACAGUGUUAUAUUAGUUUCAGAUGUACAAUAUAGUACUCUUUGAUAAUAUCCCUCUGUUUUCUUCCUUUCUCUAAAUGCUUCAUCCUUCUUCUCUGACAUGCUUCUGAGAGGUACCUGCCUUCUGUGGAGAGGGGGGUUAGCGGGAGGACCCCUGCUAGCGGGGGCCACUCUGCCAGACGAACCUAUUUUACCAAGAAUGGUCUGAGUGGCAGAGUGAGUCCUGAGUGUGGAUUGGUAGAGGGGGGUUGGUUCUCCCUGUCAUUCUUUCUGGCUCUCUUCUUAACAUCCUUGGUUUCAGAGGCCUCUCCCCUUAGCAUCCUUGCAAGUUUUUCUGAUGAAAUUGUAGGAGUUGAUUAUUUCAACAGUGUGGGUUAAGUCAUAACAAUGAAGUACUGAGAAGGUUAUGGAUUCUAUUAAGAAGCAAAUAGAUUAAGAUUAAGCAUGAAUACCAAAGAGAAUUGAACUCGGCCAUGUUUUUUUGAAUCAAAAUCCCAAGUAAUUCCUAAUGCCUUAGAUGUCAAUUAAAGUUGUACUGAGAUGGACCAAUCUCUUUUUCUCCAAAGGGAAUUAGAAGUAAAUGCUUGUUUUCUUUCACUAAAGAAUUUCUUAAUGAGCAUUGUGGAUGCCAUGUUUUCAGAUUUCCAGGUAAAGUCAUGACCCUACCUGUUUGGCCACACAGGUAAAUCGAGUGGAAAGGCCUUGGCCUUGAUCAUCCAGCAUCUAAUGAGCAGUGGCUUAAUGCAGAGCACUCAUGAGGCAGCCUAGUGACAGAAAGGGAAUAUGGGUGAGUUGUCAGAUGCCUUUUUCUUAGACCAGGGAUGGGGAAUAUAUAACAUCUGUCCACCAUUCUCUGAUGGUGGCAUCAUGAAUGAGUAGCACUCCUUUCCUCUGUGCCAGGAAUUGGUCUCACAGUCCAUGUCAUCAGUGCUGCCAGGCAUCCAUUGCCCAUCCUUCAGAGUGAGAUGAAUGAAGUCUAUUUCCCAUCCUGCCUUAGACAGAGGAGUGAAUGAAUUAGGUGAGUAGAUACCACCCAGAAUGGCUUUGAAAGCACUGAGCUGAUUCAGCUCCGUUCCCUGGUUCCCAGAAAUACUUACUGAAAGUCUGUUGUUUGCAGGAUAAUAUUAAGAACCAGGGGUAUAGAUGUCAAUGAGCCAGGUCCCCUGAUCUGGAAGAGAUUACAGCCUUGUGAAAAUGUUUGCCAUAAUCAUUGUAACCCAUGUCUUCAAAGAUGGCCAACUUCGUUAGGCAUACUGCGGCUCUCUGGCCUGGCAGCCUCUCAGUCCUGACCCAAUCUGUCCACUGCUUCAUGAUCUACUGACAAUUCUAAUGAACCAGCUCUUCUCUAAAUUUGAACAUCACAACCUAUGUUUCUGUUUUAGUGGUAUGCUUUUUUUCUCACUACUUUUCAUAGUCUUCUCUGUACUUCAUCUUUCAAAAAAAAUGAUAUGUGAUCUGUUGAAGAUAAUUACUAGGCACCACGCCAAUUUGGCUAAGGGCUUAGCAGCCUGAUCCCAUGAAGAGGGGGAGCAAAGUCAGGGAAGUGAGUAUUGGGAGAGAGGCAAGCUGUUCACCUGUGUGUUUGUACCUAUGCCUUUAAAACACUUCCAUAGAAAGCAUUACUAAUGGUCAUUAAGACACUAGUCCUGACGGAAAGUCAGUUGACAUUGCCUGUGUGAUCACUAUCAAAGGGUGGUUUUUUGUCCUUAUGUUUCAUUCAUGUAAGAAUAUUUGCUGUUUUUCAUUUUCAUGUGUUAAUUUAGGAACAUGGUAUAAAAUACACACCAAUUGACAUAAUGCUAACCUCUGCACUUGACAUAACCAUUUUUAUCCAUUCCUACAGGAGACAUUAAAUGUAAAAGAGGGUUAAUUUUGAGGAGCAAAAGGCCGCUAGAUGACUUUGGUAGAGUUGGCUGGUGCUUCCUCAAAUGGAUGUCAAACGUUAUAUGGAAAGGAAAAUGUAAUUUGCGUUAUUUUGUCAUUUUUCUAAGAAAAAUCUUGAUAGGGAUUCUUUAGAUGUCUCUACAAUGUUUUCGUAUCUAGUGGUCAUUUUAGGAAAAUUGAUAAUCUGUAGAAUGAACAAUUAUGUUUUGUUAUGACUGACACUUUGUUAAAAAGGUUGUAUUGUGUCUUCAAGUGUGGCUUAAAAUGUAAACAUUAUGAUAUGAUUCAUUCAAAUACAAUGAUGCCUAUGAUGCACUCACUCAAAUAGCAUUUGUUCUGUGUUUAUAACUAGAACCAUAGAAGAAAAUCUCUUCGAAUAAAAUAGUUCAAAAUCUUAA